AUGGGCAUGGAGGUCACUUUCGCCACUAGCCUCUCCGCCCACCGCCGCAUGAGCAAAAUCACUGAACCACUAAAGGGUUUCAACUUUGCCGCUUUCUCCGACGACUAUGAUGAUUACCCAUCAUGGUCAGUUGAGUUACCAGGGGUGCCAUUGGUAAAAAGCCAUGACCUUCCCUCCUUUAUACUUACUUCAAACUCAGACAAAUUCAAUGGUCUCCAAUCAUUUAAAGAGCAGGUUGAAACACUAGAUGAAGAAACCAAACCAAUAAUUCUUGUUAAAUCUUUCAAUGCACUAGAACCAGAGGCCUUAAAAGCCGUCAAUAAGUACAAUUUGAUUGGGAUUGGGACACUAAUUCCUUCUACUUUCUUAGGUGGAAAAGAGCUAUCUGACACUUCUUUUGGGUGUGACUUUUUUGAAAAAUCAAACGCAUACAACGAGUGGUUAAACUCAAAGCCUAAAUCAUCGGUUGUUUAUGUAUCGCUCGGAAGCAUUUUUUCUUUUCCAAAGAGGCAAAUGGAAGAGAUAGCAUGA